GCCUAAACGCCACUUCCUGUACAGCCCCUCAAUCCUGAAGCGGUUCUCUGGGCCAUUCCUACCUCUGUGUAGCUAGUUCUUGGGUUCACUUCCCGUUUCCUUCGCGGCUCAGGUCAUCUGGUGCAUGGACCGCAUGUGUGAGGAGAGGCCCGCGGAGGAUGGGAGCGACGAGGAGGAUCCCGACGCCACGGAAGCCCCAGCCCGGAUCCGGGACACUCCGGAAGAUAUCGUCCUGGAGGCUCCGGCUAGUGGGCUGGCGUUCCAUCCGGCCUGCGACCUUUUGGCAGCGGGGGACGUGGACGGGGACGUGUUUGUCUUUUCCUACUCCUGCCAAGAGGGAGAAACCAAGGAGCUCUGGUCCUCAGGUCACCACCUCAAGUCCUGUCGAGCUGUUGUCUUCUCUGAAGAUGGGCAGAAACUUGUUACUGUCUCCAAGGACAAAGCCAUCCAUUUUCUAGAUGUGGAGCUGGGCCGACUGGAAAGACGCAUUUCCAAGGCUCAUGGUGCCCCCAUCAACAGUCUGCUGCUGGUGGAUGAGAAUGUUCUGGCCACUGGGGAUGAUACAGGUGGCAUCCGCCUCUGGGACCAAAGGAAGGAGGGCCCCUUAAUGGAUAUGCGGCAGCAUGAGGAGUACAUUGCUGACAUGGCUCUGGAUCCCGCCAAGAAACUGCUGCUGACAGCCAGCGGAGAUGGCUGCCUAGGUGUCUUCAACAUCAAGCGACGCCGGUUUGAGUUGCUUUCUGAGCCCCAAUCUGGAGACCUCACCUCUGUUACACUUAUGAAAUAUGGGAGGAAGGUGGCAUGUGGCUCCAGUGAAGGUACCAUCUACCUCUUCAACUGGGAUGGCUUUGGGGCCACAAGUGACCGCUUUGCCUUGAGAGCCGAGUCCAUUGACUGCAUGGUUCCAGUGACAGAGAGUCUGCUGUGUGCUGGCUCUACUGAUGGAGUCAUCAGGGCUGUCAACAUCCUGCCGAACCGAGUGGUAGGCAGUGUGGGCCAGCAUGCUGAGGAGCCUGUAGAGAACCUAGCUCUCUCCCACUGCGGCCGUUUCCUGGCCAGCAGUGGCCAUGACCAGCGACUCAAGUUUUGGGACAUGGCCCAGCUGCGGGCUGUGGUGGUGGAUGACUACCGCCGACGCAAGAAAAAGGGAGGACCACUGCGGGCACUGAGCAGCAAGGCCUGGAGCACUGAUGACUUCUUUGCAGGACUGAGGGAAGAGGGAGAGGAUGCCAAAACUCUGGAGGAGGAGGAGAGUGAGGAUGACAGUGACUGAAGGGAUGAGCUGAACCUCAGGAUGGGUUCUCAGUGGACAAAAGUCUUGUUUUCUGGGUUGGAUCCCUAGAGAGGCUGGGAACUGAAAAUAUCCUGUUGUGCAGCACAAGAAGAUGCUCAGGAUCAGCACACUGCUGUGAGGAAGUACUGGCUUUGUAGCAGCUGCUCACUCCACCAGUCUAAGACAAAGCCCACAGUUGGGGCAAGACAGCACGGACACAGGUAUACACCAACCAGGGGUUUAAUAUAAAUACAACCAGCAUAGAAGAAUUCAAAACUACACAUACACCAAAACCAUAACCAAGUGGUGGGGGCAAAGGCAGAUGUUUGACCCUUUGGUUCCACCAGCCCUCAAAUAAAAACUUGAACAAAGAAGACAAAA